AUGGCGAAGGCGAUCUGCGUCCACUGCCACAUGUUGGGCGCGGCGCCCAGGGCCAGGGCACUCCGCGGUUGCUUGGACACCCACCAGCCGGCGCCCAGCAGCGCCGCCGCGCGGCCCCCCCAGCCCCGCCCGAUCCGGGAGGUCUUCUCCUGCCGCUGCGGGGGCUGCGACAUGGCGGCGGCAGCGGAGCGACCCUCCAGGACCGCCAAGAUGGCGGCGCCCACUGGGGGACGGGCCGUACGGAAAGCGGAAGUGCCGGGAGCCAGCACCGGAAGUAGCUUGCGGAUCACAAACGAAGACGGCUCCGCCAGCGAGUUCUCCGGUUUCACCUUCCGGGUGGCAACAGCGACUCUCGCAAAGGAACCCAAGCCCUCGACUCCAUCUCUCUGGGAGGUCAGCGGGCGCCGCGGCGAGACUCGUGGGGAUGCUCUGUGCCUGAGGGACCGCACCUGCAGCGCUCGACAGCCCGAGGUGCCCAGCGAGGAUCAGGGACCCCGACAUCAAGAUGACCCCAAUCCCGCAGAACCAGCGUGGGCGAGAGCAGGACGACACCAGCCAACACGGGAAGGUGGAGGCCGUCGGCGGCAUCUGCAAUGGGGCAGAGCAGGGUCCUGCAGCGUACGGGGCAGCUGGACCCCCCGGGCACCCCACUGGAGCCACAGGAAGAGCCCUGCGGGCCUGGCAUCCCUGCCAGGGCUACGAAUGGUGGUCCAAGGCUUCCUCUGUGCCCCAGGGCAGCACCAGCCCGUGGCCGCUCCCCGUCACUGCUGGGGAACGUCUGUCCCACGCCCAGCUCGGGGAGGCCGGCACUGGCAGAAGGUUCCGCUUGGUCUUUGCUGCCUUCCUAAGGAUCGCCAUCAGCUGCGCCCUCUCCUCCUGGUCGACCUGUUGCCCCGGGUACGUUUUGGACAGGGUCUGGGGGGCAGAGGGGCCGGGCCGCGGCUCAGUCCAGCUGGGGGGUCCCUCCUGGACUCCCUGAGAGCAGCAGCCCCCCCAGGCAACCCCCCAACAUUUUCGGGGGGGGCAGUCCCUCCCAUGGGGGGUUCCGGCCCCCACCGCCUUGGAAGGGGUUCCCAGCUCCAUUGACCUCGGUGAACUCCUGCUGGCCCCUCUCCCACACGGUCACGAUCACCAGCCCUAAGACAAUGGGCAUCGAUGCCGUGAAGGCCAUCCGGCUCAGCAGCGCCAGCUUCUCCAUGGUGGAGGACAAACAGCACAGAGCGCCUGCGCGACCAGAGCGCCGCACCACGCGACCAUGGAGCGCUGGGACUAGAGCGCCGCACCACGCGACCAUAGAGAGUUGGGACCAGAGCGCCGCACCACGCGACUAAAGAGAGCACGGGCCAGAGUGCCCGCGGUACCAUAGAGUGGGAGGCUAGAGCUGACUGUCCCUCCCUUCCGCCCCGCAGCCCUGGGAGGUGAUGGGGCGCUCCCUCGCCGUGCCGCCGUGGGGCGGGGCCUGCUUAUCCCACCUUGUUACCAUAGAGAGGAAGGGCAUGGAUGCGGGGGUUCCCAGGCCAGACUGCCCCCCUCACC